AUGUUUGAAAAUUUAGAGGAAGCCUCUUCAUCUCCACAAUCGUCGGAAGGGAAAAAAUCAAAUAGUGGAGCCUCUUUGUUUGUUUCGGACUCACCGAUGAAUUAUGAUGAAGUUACUCCUUUGAAAUCAUCACAGGAAGGUAUCAAAAGUCCAUAUCUAAUUCGAUUAGUAUUUGAAGCAAAUGAUGAACACAACAAUGUUUAUCAUCAUCGGAAAGAUAGAAAUUUACCAAUGACAAUGGAAUAUAGUCGUGAUAUUGGAAAAAGUAAUAGUAAUGAUAUAAUUUUGAAAAUGGAUAAUUGUUACAAACUUUAUGACAACUUAGUGUUUGUAAAACCACACAAAGUUCUUCAUAACACCAAAAUGAGGCCACGAUGGGUCAAUAAGACGCUUGUAGAAAUUUUGGGAUCUGAAUUCAAAAUGCCUAAAGAAGUAGUGACUGAAAUGAUUGAAGAGAAUGUGAUAUCUGUGAAGACAGCGAAACCGAAUUCAAUUUCCUUGUUGCAGUACAAACUUCGUCCGAAUGAUCAAAUUGUGACUGUAGAUUGGAAAAAUGAAAAACCAGUUCUGUAUCCCAGAUUCAUUAAGGUACUUUAUCAUGAUGACAAAUUUUUGGUCAUUGAUAAGCCAACAUCCAUUCCUGUUCAUCCUGCAGGAAGGUUUGUGAAGAACACUCUUCAUCACAUUCUUGAAAUGGCAUACUCUAAAAAACUCUACUUGCUUCAUCGAUUAGACAAAGUCACAAGUGGCAUUCUUAUUCAUACUUGGAAUGCAGAAUUAGCAACAAUUUAUGGAGAAAAAUUGAAAGGUGGAUCCGUAACAAAAUGUUACUUGGCUCAAGUGUACGGAGAUUUUCCUGAAAUAACAACUACAAACACAGUGGAUCUAAAUGGACAAACGUUCAAUGUAGAUGAUCAUGGAUUUAUCCAUGUUAAAAACAAAUUGGUUUAUCAUCAAAAUGAAUGGACGUUUAUUUGGAGAGCAAAGGUUACUGACACCAAUGAGAGCCAUGAAGAAGAACCCACUAACAGUAUAAUUGAUACAGCAUACACGCUUGUAAAACGAAUUUAUUACAAUUCUUCACAACAUUCUUCGAUUGUGUUGUGUGUUCCUAUUACGGGCAGAACUCAUCAAAUUCGAGAACAUUUGAGAGUUAUGGGAUAUCCAAUUAUUAAUGAUGUUGGAUUUGAGCUCACUAACGAGAAAGCUGAACAAUGGGAAAAUCCUUGGCCAGAAAAAUGGUCAAUCAUGAAACAAUUCAAGGAUGACGAUGACAAGUGUGCGGAAAGUCUUCUCAAAAUGCAGUUUGAAAGACACCACAAACAGUGUUUCAAAGAAGGAGAUUUUUUCAUUCAUCUUCAUUCAUAUUAUUAUGCAUUUCACGAUGAAAACCCAGUAGAAUUCAUUUCGGACCUACCUAAUUGGUGUCAAAAUUUGGAUCCAUCUUUUCAACAAAACAUCAUUAUUGAUAUGUGCAGAAAAAUUAAUUCAAAGGCUACUAUUCAAAAAUUCUAA